GGUUUAAUUUUCACGGAGGCGUGACCUUUGAUGUUUUAAAAACAUGUUGCGAUGUGUGCAUGGCUGGAUCUCUCUUGAACUGUGACAAUGGCGGCCUUCAUGAGUUUUCCUGUGACUCGGACCCAUGCCAAAUUUUCAAGAUUUAACUUUUCUAUCGACCAUAACUCUCUCCAUCUUGGCAUAUCUAAGAGCGCUUCUAGUCGUUUUCUUGGAGAUAAACUCGACAAUUAUGCAAUUGUGUCUCUGAUAACUGAACACGAGAGCUCAACUGCAGAGGACAGGGAACUUUUUGUUUGUUUACAGAUUUUGGAUGAUGCAGUGGUGAGGAAGUCCAUCUCACUUUCUCAAGUGUCAGAAUGUCCAGAUACUGUUACAGUCUAUGCAACAGAAACAUUUCAUAAACACUACAAAAUAUUAGACCACGAAGACGUCUACAUCAGACCUGUUAAAGCAUUUCCUCUCACCAAAGUUGUAUUUGGAGCAAGAACGAGCAGAUGCUAUGAAUGGUCAAAGAAGAGGCUGUUCAGUACAGGGCUCCUUGUGUCGGCGUGUCAACAGAAGGUCUUAGUGCGGGCAAAUGAUAGAUUUCUUGCACCUGUGAUUCCGGUAUUUAGUGGAGACGAGACGUACAGCUUAGCAAAUUACAUGGAUCUGAUUGCUUUGGAAUGCGAGCCCGUAACGCAAGGAAUAAUUUCAGUCAACACUUCCAUUGUGAUCACAGAUAUGUCAAGUGGUGUGUUCUUCCCCGAUGAAAGACGCCUGAGCUCAAGACAAAACAGAAAUGAGAGAAGAGAUGGUUCUGAUGAUGGAACAGUAUCGCCUUGUUUUCAGCUACCAGAACCCCGCAUCAUGUCAGACUUUGCCCAGGGUCUGCUUGAAUUUUGGGAGCACCAUGAACUACAAAAUCAACACUCUGAUUCCGGCACAGCUGAUGAUAUGUCUCUCUCUUCUGGAGCAACCUUUGACAUCAACAUGAACGGCGACCACCUGAACCCCUCGAGUCUGACUUUAAGACCAGUACUGAUGCCGACAUCUUCCGCCCAUAGGAACGCAUUUGGAAAAGGGAGUAGAUCUGCCUGUAAUUCAUUCAUCAGUGACCAAUGUGAACUAGUGUAUAAGCUUGGAGUGACCAAAGAUACGCUUGAUAGACUCCAUGCUUACAACGGCAGCUGGGUCAAAAUAUCAUUAGCAGGACAUCCCUCUGAGACUGAAGAAGGGAUUGAUGAUAAUUAUGUAGCAGACUUAGACAGCACUGUCAUUGAAGAAGCUGCUGUCACCUCAUUACCUAGACCAAGACCUGGUAACCUGGAUCUCAUUCAAACAUCUACAGGUGUGUGUACCCCUAAGAACUUGCCUAUACACAGGAUGUUGUCAUAG